AUGUUGUCAAGAAUAGCUUCAAAAAAGAUUAGCAAGCAAAUAGGAUUAAACAAGAAGAUUGCUAGAUAAUCUUCUUCAAUUAAUAAAGUUAUUUAAGAUCUAUUGGAAACAAGCAGCAAGGAAGAAAGUGACUUAAGAGUUAGUCAAUUUGCCAAGAAUUUAGAUUAUUUGCGUGAAAAACAUGAAGAACGUUCUAAAAUAAUUAAUCAAUACUUGCAUAGAAUGAGAGCUGCUUCUAUUAACUCUAAUAUUCCUCUUAAAGAAAUUUUGCGUUAAUUCAUUUCCUCAACUCGUUUGGGAUUUGAUUAAAAAAUGACCUCUGAGACCUUGUUUUACUUAAGUGCUACUCUUAACAGUUUAGGUCCCAACCCUAAUCACUACUUCGAUUAUAAUUUGGAAUUGCUUAAAGACUCUUGGAGAUUCGAUGAUUUAGUUGGAGACUUUAGAUACGGUUUAAAGAGUGGUGUUGAAUUUUCUCCUGAAAGAAUCGCUCAAGGUCUUCGUUCUUUAAAGAAGUUAGGUUACUCUAAUAGUAGAAUAACUAGAGAAGCUAUCUAGAAGAUACACAGAAUGUUGACUAAAAAUGACGACUAAUUCAAUAUUGAUACCGAAAAUAUUAUCGAUAACAACCCUUCUAUCCAUAAACCUUUAUAUUACAUGAGAUCUCCUUUAGAUGCUAAAUAAAUUGUUGAAAACCCAGAAUUCUAAAAAUUCUUGAAGGCUACCAUCUAAAAGCAAGAAUAAGAACUUAAUAAAUUGAAUUAAAAAAAAAAUCUAUAAAAGGAUGAAGAUGCCUAAACUAUUACUCUCAGAAACGAAUUGAAUGAAGAAGAAUAGGAAAUACUCGAUGAAAUUGAAAUUAUAUCUAAGAAAAUUAAUAAGUCUAUUUAAAAGUCUGCUUUAGCUAUGAAGAAAACUAUUGAAUCAGUUAUUUAAAUUAGAAGACACUAUUUAAGAAUGAUUGAAUCAUAAGAAAAGGUCUAAUCUGUAAAUUUGACCCCAUAGCUUAACUUGGAUCUUUUGAACUUAGAAGAAAGCAUGGUUGAAGCUGGUCUUAUUUCUAUCAACGAAGUCAAAAAUCCUUAACUCAUCAUUGAUACCAAUCAAAAUAGAGAAUCAAUUGCUUAAAUUGUUUCAAACUUGAUUGUUGAAUAAAACGAAAGUUUCUUGCCUUAUUUUGAUAAUUUGAUCUAAUCUAAACCAUAAUUGCUAUAAGAAAUCGACAGUGAUAGAAGCCUUCCUGAAAUCAAUGUGCAAUUCUUUGCUAAUUACACUCAUUCUCAAUUUGCUGAAGCUUUAUUAGCUGUAACUGAAUAUUCAAACUCCAAAUUAAGUGAAUUCAAGGGAUAAACUUUCCUUAAUGAAAAAUGGGCAGAUUUCUUCCCAUAAGUUGAUGAAGCUGACAGACUUUUCUUUGUUCAAUUUUUAGACAGCUAAAAACUUUUCAUUGAAGUUUCUGAAGUUGUUCUCGAAUAAACUAAGAAUGAAAAGGAUGUUAAUGCUUUAGGUAAAUAUGCAGCAGCUUUCGGCAAUAUAGGUCUCAUCGGUGUCUCAAAGGAAUUAGUUAAAAGAAUUACAAGCCUUGAGGGUAUGUCUACUCAAACUGGCAUUUGUAUCCUUAGAGUAUGCAGUGAAUUCCCUGAAGAAUUCUCUUAAUUAAGCGAGAAUAUUAUUUAGAUUUUGGAAAAAUCUUCUGAUAUAACCGCUUCUCAAGCUAUUGAUUUGGUUUAUUAUGAAAUAGCUCUUAACAAGGUUAGUGAAGCCUCAUUAAAUAUUUUAAAACAAUAAAGCAAACAUAUUUUAGAUGAAAACCCUAGAUUGAAUUACGUAAGUCAAUACCUUAAACUCUAAGGAGUAGACUUAGGUUAUAAUGCUUCUGGUGCUUCAAUUUUUGAAAAUAACUUGUUCUAAAAGAACCCUAUUAAGGAUAAGUUAGUUGAAUUAAUCGGAAAGGCUGAAAAUUUAUCUCACACAGGUUUGGGAGAUUACAAGCCAGAUUUUAUGUGCUUAGAAAGAAACGAAUAAGGAGAAAUAGUACAAAAAGCUAUUUUCAUUACCCCUGCUGAAUAUUCAUAUUUCGACAUUGCUAAACCAGCUGUCGAAUAUACUUUGCUUUCUAAAUACUUGAGUCACAAAGUUAAAAAUAUGGUUUUCGAAUUCAUUCCUAUCACUAAAUUCAUCGACGUUAACCACCAAGAUCACAUGAUAACUAUUAAGAGAGAUAACUAAUUAUUUAUUGAACUUUUUGAUAAAGCUCAUCACAAUAUUUACUCUAAUCUCAAUAACGAUCUUUUAGUAAUUGGUGAAAAUCUUAUUGACGAAGAAUAUAAUAUCUUGAAAUCUAAGAUAAAACAAAUUUUCAGACUUUCUGGUGGUAGAAGAUACUUGCAAUUAUCAGUAAGUGAUUUAAUGCAAGUUAAAUAUUCGCUCUUCUCCAUGGCCGAAGAUUUCAACACAGUUCUUUCUGAAACCAGUUAAUAAAAUCUUAACCAAUUAUGCUAAAAGCACUUUAAUCAAGAUUUUGUUUCUUUACUUAAAUCUCACAGCAAAUUAAAUUUCAGUGUUAAGAAUACACAAGAAGAAAUGGAAUUCUUCUUAAAGUAGAAGUGGGUUGGAAAGCGUUUGUCAAUUGACCUACUCCCCAAAGGAAACGAAAAAUAUAACUAAAGUGAUGCCUUCUUUGAUCAUCUCUACAUUAGCUCUGAAAAUUACUAUGAAUAUCCUGAAUGGUAAGAGCUCCUCACUUAAGAAUAUGGUGUAUCUAAUAUUGCUUAAAUUAAUCCUACAAACUUCUUGGCUCAUUAGGUUUCUGAUGUUUGUAACUAGACCAACACUGCUUACAUUAUCCCUAAGAAGAAAGAAGUAAGAUCUUAGAUUCGUCCUCUCGAUUAAAGAAUCGUCACUUCAAAGCAAGAUAGAGCUAAUUACAGCUUAACCUGGGAAUAAGAUUACUUCACUCAAGGAACUAAUGGUGAACUUGUUUAUAGAGGAGAAAACCACAAAAUUUCUGAAGGAACUAAGUAUAUUGCUAAUUUACUUAACUUCAAGUGGGAGCUUAAGAAGGCUUUUUCAAGUUAGGAACGUCUAGAUUUUCUCCAUAAAUUGAAUUUAACUGAUAAGUUAAUUGAAAAUCAUUUACAUACUUCUUAAAACCACUAACCUAAGCAUGCUCACUUUGCAUAAAGAGACCCAAAAAAAUAUUUCGAAUAUUUACAAAAUAAGACUCCCUCUUCACUCUACUGCUAAGAAUAUCUUGAAUUUUUCACAAGAAAAGUUGACCAAAAAAAUAAAAUAAUCCAACUCUCAAAACUUCACUUCACAAAAAUUAAAGAAAUCUACAAGAGCUAUUAGAAGGGUUACAUUUCUAGAUAGCAAUUUGAUUAAUAAAAGGAAGGUAUCCAAAAAGAUCUUCUUAAAACUUUGAGAUAAUACGAUGCUGCCAACAACAGUCUUGAUUCACUCCUUCAAAACGAAACAAUAAGAUAUAUUGAUGUUCAAUUUGAUGCUGAAUCCUUACUUAAGGAUAAGUCCUACGUUAGAUAUAAUUUAGAAAACGACAGAGAUUACUUAGCAUGCAAAAAAGAUUUAAAUUAAACAUUAAAUUUGAAGAGAAUUAGAGCAGAAGAAAAAUUAAUUAAAGCUAAAAUUCUUAGCAAAAUUUCUGCUGAAUAAACCUUAACUUCAUUAGAAUAACAAUACUUAGAAAAGUGGAAUAGUGGUGAAAUUACUCUCCCUAAGGAGCCCACAUUCUUAACUUAUAAGGAACUUGAUAAUUCAGAUGUAUAAUUGCUUAAUUCUUUGAAGUUCAGUGAUUUAGUUUCAUUCGAUAAAAUGCAAGUAAACGAUUUAGUUGUUGAAUUCUCUUCAUUGUUUGAAUAAGCUAUUAUUAAUAAUGCUGAUGUCCAUCUUAAGGGUAAGAAUGCUCUUAAAGAAUGGGGCAUUUCUCCUGAAUGGAUUAGCAAGAGCGCAACAAAUUCAAUGAAUAAUUAUUUAAUUGCCCUCAGUGAAACCUAAGCAUGGAAAGAUGGACAAAAAUUAAAAGAACAUGAAAAAGAAAAUGUUUGCUCUAUGCUCAGACUCCUUCAAGAACAAUCAUACCAAGAUAAGAUCUUCACUGCUAAUGAAAACGUAUUAAGAAAGGAAGCUCUCGACGUAUUCAACUAAUCUGAAAAUAGAUUCUCAAUAUUCAUGAAAUGGUUGGAAAGCAGAGAAUAAGAAGGUUUUAGUAUUUCCUCUGACAAUACUGAGCAUGUUUUGAAGCUAUGGGAAAAUAUCUUUGAAAAAUCAUAUGAAAACACUACAUAAGAAGAACUCCACUUAUUUACCCAUAACUUGGUACAAAGAUUGUAUGUUCUUUCUAAGUAUCCUCCAUCUGCAUUUGGAUCUUUCCUUUCAAAACUUCUCCUUCAUCCUAAACUUCACAUCAUUGAUAAGAACAUUUUAAUUUGUGGAAUCGAUGCUUUUAAAUUUAAUGCCUACUUAAGUAGCAAAGAAUUGAUUGACUUCUCUCGUAACGUUAGAGCUGCCCAUACUCCUUAGGAUUUAGCAGCAUUAACUAGAGCUAAUGUCUUUGCUUCUGAAAAUAUUUUACAAAAGAUUUCUAAGUUAGUUAAAAAUUGA